AUGGGUGGUAAAAUAGACCGAAACGUCAACAAAAACGGUGGUCCCCCAAUCUUCCGUAUAAAUGGCCAAAACUUCCACUACAUUGGUAGUCUAUUGCCGGUAGAUGGCAUGAAACCGCAUUUCGCACAGCUGUAUAUCUAUGAUACCAACAAUGAAAUGGACAACCGUGUCAAUUUUGUUAGGCAAGAUGGUAAGCGAAACGACAUUCAUGUUGAAAUUGUCAAUGUGAUUCAAUCAGUUUUGGAUGAACACAAUGUGUUGGUAAAAACAUUUCGCAUGGCACGAGAUGAACUACAAAAGAACCCACUGGCUGAGGUUAAGAUCAAAUUGCUUGGUAAGAGAUCAAGGGAUACUAGGACAUACAAUUUGCCACAGGUCUCAGAGGUUGCUGCGUUGAUUGUUGGUGAUAUCGAUACUAAUAUUGGUGAACGCGAAAUUCUGGUUGAAACAAAGAGCGGUCUCUUGGAGGACAUUCCCUUCUCAACGUUGAAGGGAAACACAUCUGGUGGUCGUCAAAGGAUAAGCCCUAGAGAAUAUUUUUCUUACCGUAUCCAGUCUAGAAUAUCAGAAGUUUCAACGUUAUUGCAUGCAAGAAGGCUAUUCCAGCAAUUCCUGGUUGAUGCCUAUACGAUGGUUGAGUCCGGAAGGACGCGAUGGCGAUUUGUCGAUGGGUUGGAUAUCCAGAUUUGUUCAUCACAUUUACUUGCAACCCCAAGUGGCCUGAGAUGCCGAAAGAACAAGUUAUUUGGCCCAGUCAUUGGAGUGAUCUAUACUAUAGAGUUUCAAAAAAGAGGACUACCACAUGCUCAUAUACUUUUGUUUCUGGAUAAAAACAAUCGAGCACAAAGUGGGAUAAAUCUGGACAACAUUAUUUCAGCUGAAUUUCCUGACCAAGAAAGAGAUCCAGAAUACUUCAAAGUUGUUGAGGAGUUUAUGGUGCAUGGCCCUUGCGGGAAAGCACGGAUGACUUCUCCAUGUAUGGCAAAUGGUAAGUGUACUAAACACUUUCCCAAGAAGUUUGUUAAUACAUCAACUGUGGACGAGGAUGGUUAUCCUAUAUAUCGCAGACGAGACAAUGGCAGGUCUGUCAUGCGCAAUGGUAUUCAGUUGGAUAAUAGGUACGUAGUACCACACAAUAGACAUUUGUUACUAAAGUAUAGGGCUCAUAUUAAUGUGGAAUGGUGUAAUCAGUCCCGUUCAAUCAAGUAUUUGUUCAAGUACGUAAACAAGGGCCAUGACAGGGUUACAGUAGAGUUUUACAAAUCCAACAUCGAUGAUGAAAGUCCAAAAGUUAUCGAUGAAAUCAAUAUGUUCUAUGAUUGUCGGUAUAUCUCUCCAUGUGAAGCAGCUUGGCGAUUGUUUGGAUUUGAUAUACAGUUAAGGACACCAGCUGUUGAGCGAUUGAGCUUUCACUUGCCCAAUCAACAAAGUGUUGUAUUCGCAGAUGACGAUCCAGUUGAUAACAUACUAAGCCGUCCAACAAUCUUACAAAGCAUGUUCUUAGAAUGGUUUGAGGCAAAUAAAACCUACCCAGAUGCAAAACAACUUACAUAUGCCAAAAUGCCAACUAAAUUUGUAUGGAAGAAAGAUGUUAGGAAAUGGCAACCAAGGAAAAGAGGAUUUGCCAUCGGGAGAGUUUUCUAUGUGUCACCUGGUACAGGGGAGAUAUUUUAUUUGAGAUGUCUUUUGAAUAAAGUAAAAGGGCCCACGAGUUUUUUGGACAUAAAAAAAGUAGAUGGUGUGCAAUAUGAUUCUUUUAGGGAUGCGUGUUCUGCCAGGGGAUUAGUAGACGACGACAGGGAAUAUGUUCAUGCUAUAGAAGAAGCAAGUCAAUGGGCGACCAGUGUUAAUUUGAGAAGAUUGUUUGUCACACUAUUAAUGUCAAACUCAAUGGCUAAACCUGAAGUUGUGUGGGAAGCUGCGUGGCACUAUUUGGCUGAGGAUGCACAAUUCAAAAUUAGAGCUCAAUUGGGGAUUACAGAUUUGAUUUUAUCUGAAGAUGAGAAAAAGAAUUUUGCACUUCGGGAGAUAGAAAUAAUGCUUUCUGCUAUCGGAAAGAGUUUGAAAGACUUUUCGUUGAUGCCAAUACUGGAUUUAGAGAUUCAUGAUAGAACCACCAAUCGUUUGAUACAAGAGGAAUUAGCAUAUGAUAUUAAUGUCAAGAAGGAAGAGAAUGAAAAAUUGGUGCAUCAACUCACCGAAGAGCAAAGGGCUAUAUAUGGAAAUGUUUUGCAAGAUGCUGAGAACAAUCUGGGAGGGCUAUUUUUUGUUUAUGGAUACGGUGGAACGGGAAAAACAUUCUUAUGGAGAGCAUUGUCGUCUGCUUUAAGGUCAAAGGGUGAUAUAUUUUUAAAUGUGGCAUCAAGUGGUAUAGCAUCGCUUCUAUUACCAGGAGGUAGAACUGCGCAUUCUAGAUUUUCAAUACCAAUUGUUGUUAAUGAAGAUUCAACAUGCAACAUCAGCCAAAGCAGUCCUUUGGCAAAAUUGAUAAUGCAAUGUGAUGGAACAAUUGGUGAGUCUUUGCAUGGAGAAUGUGAGAUAAAUAUUCCUGAAGAAUUUGUGCUAACUUGUGUUAAGGAUCCAAUUUCUACAAUUGUUGAUAGCAUAUUCCCUAUGUUUCGCAGAGGUCAUAGUGAUAUUCAAUACCUAAAAGAUAGUGCUAUUUUGGCACCAACACUGGAUAUUGUGGAUGCAGUAAAUGAAUACAUGAAUGACUACAAUAAUGCCGAAGGAAGGACGUAUCUCAGUUGUGACUCGGUCUGUAAAUCGGAUUCAAAUGUUGACAUGCUUGCUGAUUUGCACACUCCAGAAUUUUUAAAUGGAUUAAGGUGUUCAGGAGUUCCAAAUCACUCAUUGACUCUAAAAGUUGGGUCUCUAGUUAUGCUUCUGAGGAAUAUUGCUCACUCAUUGGGGUUGUGCAAUGGUACAAGAAUGAUAAUUUCAAAGUUGGCAGAUCAUGUUUUAGAAGCUCAAAUACUAUGUGGUGCAAGUGCCGGUACAAAGGUCUUAAUUCCAAGAAUAUCCUUAACACCUUCUGAUCCAAGAUUGCCUUUUAAGUUCCAAAGGAAGCAAUUCCCACUAAUGUUGUCAUAUGCAAUGACAAUAAAUAAAAGCCAAGGUCAGACACUAUCCAACAUGGGUUUGUUUUUGAAGAGACCGGUUUUUAAUCAUGGUCAAUUGUAUGUAGCAGUGUCAAGAGGGAGUAAUCUUAAGGGAUUAAAAAUUCUUAUUUGGGAUGAAAAUGUAAAAUAA